UUAUUCAGACUUUACUUACAGUGUUUGGGAGUUAGCAGAGCAAACGAUGUGGAGAUCAAUGGCGGCGAGGUCCACGCAGUUGGUAGCACGGGGAUUACGUGCUUCCCAAACGAACCAGGUUCUAUCUGAAACUCGUAAACCUUUCAAUUCCUUCCCUAAAACAUCACUCUCUCCAUUCCAUCGUUUUUUCUCCCAUUCAUCUGCCAAUCCAAGUGAUGAAUCGCGGGAUCCCGAGUUGAAUUUUAUUGCUGGGAUUGAAACUAACGCCGCCCAAGUUCCCUCUUUUGACGGUCUCGCCGGUGAUGAGACCCAGAUAGACAGUUUUGUCCCUGGAGAUUCCAAAAACGACAUGGAAGAAGAAACCCACGAUUAUGAGCUUGAUGCUAACAAGUUAGAAAAUGUGUUGUCUUUGUUGCAAAGUAAAGUUGAUGGGUCUUUGGAGCCUAGUCUUAAUGCUAUUGUUUUGGAUUUGCAUGAAGAUUUUGUUGUCAAAGUUCUUCAGACUCCAUAUAUUUUGGGUGAGAAUUUGUUAAGGUUUUUCAAAUGGGUAACGAGUAAACCUGGGUUUAAAGUGACUACCUCUGUUGUUGAGUCCCUUGUUAAGGUUAUUUGCAGUGAUGUUAAAAUGAAGAAUGCCUAUGAUUUAUGGGAUUUGGUUAAGGACAUUGGGGAGAAAGAUACUGAGUUGACAGUUGAUGUUCUUAAUGAGUUGAUUGCUCUGUUUUCCAAGUUGGGUAAAGGAAAGGCAGCUGUGGAGGUGUUUGAUAAAUUCUCGGAUUUCGGGUGUAUCCCGAAUGAGGAAACUUAUUAUUUCACCAUUGAAGCUCUGUGUCGACGGUCUUUUUAUGAUUGGGCUUGGUCUGUAUGUGAAAAGAUGCUUGAUGCAGGGAGCUUACCUGAUGAUGAACGAUUGGGAAAGAUUAUAUCUUGGUUUUGUAAAGGGGGUAAGGCUAAGGAAGCUCACGUUGUUUAUUCGUCGGCUGAGGGGAAAAACAAGAAUCUUCCUCGGUCUUCUGUUAAUUUCUUGAUCAGUUCACUCUGUAAGAAGGAUGAAACAGUGAAGUUAGCUUUGGAGAUGUUGGACGGCUUCUCCGGAGAACCAAGAAAAUAUGCAAUCAAGCCAUUCUCAACUGUUGUUCGUGGUCUGUGUAGGAUGAAGGAUGUUGAUGAAGCGAAAAAGGUUCUUCUGAAGAUGAUUGAACAGCGCCCACCUCCUGGAAAUGCAGUUUUUAAUUCAGUUGUUGGUGGCUACUCGAAGGUUGGAGGUAUGGACAAAGCAAAGGAGGUGAUGAAAUUGAUGGAGGAUAGGGGUUUGAAACCUGAUGUUUACGCCUACACUGUUGUGAUGAGUGGUUAUGCAAAAAGUGGCCAAAUGGAUCAAGCUGGCGAAGUAUUAUCGGAAGCCAAGAAAAAGCAUAUGAAGCUGACUCCAGUGACUUAUCACACUCUAAUUCGUGGAUACUGCAAACUUGAACGGUUUGAUGAGGCAUUGAAGCUGUUGGCUGAAAUGAAAGAUUUUGGGGUCCAACCUAAUGUUGACGAAUACAAUAAACUGAUACAGUCUCUUUGCUUAAAGGUCUUGGAUUGGCAAACAGCCGAGAAGCUACUCAAUGAAAUGAAGGAGAACGGCUUAUACCUCAACGGAAUCACCCGAAGUCUUAUAACGGCAGUUAAGGAGCUGGAGGCAGAGGGAAUGAACAGCUUGGAAGCAAGUACUACUAAAGUUUAAAAUCUUCGCUGAUUUUAGGAAAUGGAUAUCACAUGCUGAGGUUCAACCCUAAAUUUUGUAGCCUCCCCUCCCUUAUUGGCAUUAGAUGAAAAGGUGAGGCCAGUGUUUGUUUUCUUUGUUGUCAUAUAUUUACAUGAAUCAACUGAGACCAUGUGUGUGUGUUUUAGAAGUUUCUAGGGAUGCAUUUUUGGGUACUUUAUGCAUUUAAAUUUGGAACACAACCUUCCUUGUAGAAUUGGUUUUUGUUUCUUUGCAAGUGAUUAAGGAUCUGUUCAACAUGUGUCGAUUUA